CACCACAAAGCGUUGUUGGAUCAUUCGUGAAAUCUUCCUAUGGUUGUCACUAUCCCAUACAGCCACAGACAACGAGAACGACGAGUGCGAACGACGAGCACGACUGCACACACGCACACUCACGCACACACAAGAUGAGCACAGACGAUGCACUGGAUCUCACCGCCCCAGCCGGCUUUGAGCCCGGCAUGGACGAGGGAGAGGACUUGCGCGCCACGCUCAACAAGAGACAAGCAGGCGAAGAAGCAGAGAUUGCACCAGGCGCACCGCAGCGCUCUGUCGAGGGUUGGAUUGUGAUUGUGACAAACGUGCAUGAGGAGGCCCAGGACGAUGACAUCUACGACAAGUUUACAGAGUUUGGCAAGAUCAAGAACCUGCACCUCAAUCUGGACCGUCGCACGGGUUACGUCAAGGGCUAUGCUCUCGUGGAGUAUGAGCAGCAGGAGGAGGCAGCACGCGCCGUCUCAGAGGGCACGGGCCAGGAAGUGCUGGGGCAGGAGGUGACGGUCAACUGGGCGUUUGUUCGCGGCAACAAGGGCGGUCGCGGCCGUGGCGGCCGCUUCCGCUAAGCACCACCGUUCGUGUGUGUGUGUGUUUGUGUGUGUGUGUGUGUGUGUGUGUUGUGUGUGUGUGUGUGUGUGUGUGUGUGCGUGCGUGAUGUAUGACUGCAAUCACCCAUGUUAUGCUCGUGUUGUCGUGUGUCACUUGUGCUGUACGUGCGUGUGGUGUGCUGUUGUCUUGUUUCACUUUGUUGCUUUGUUGCAGCUUGCACUUGUGUGUGUGUGUGUGUGUCCUCCGUGAAAUAGAGCACAAAGUUCUGUGAUGUGACGAAACAUACCGACUCUUUCUCAGCCAAACUGUUUCGCACGUACACCAAUCGGGAUGGCCACCAAGGAGCAACCAAACACGGUUGCGACCAGCAUCUGCAAC